AUGUCGGUGUGGCUGCCGCUGCUGCUGCUUGUCCCGGCCUCGGUGACCGCCGCGACCAGUGUGACCCGGUGUGGCUCAGACAAGUAUGAGCUAAAGAGCCUUGGCCUGUGCUGCCCCCUGUGCCCGGCAGGCCAGCACGUCAACAAACAUUGUGACGGGACCCAGUCCACACAGUGCAGCCAGUGUGAGCCUGGCACCUUCACGGCCCAUCCCAACAGUGAGACCAGCUGCCUGCCGUGUGCUCAGUGCCGGGACGAUCAGGAGGAGGUGACUUCGUGCUCCCCGACCAGGGACCGGCAGUGCCAGUGCAAGACAGGGUCCUACUACUGUGACUCAGGGGACUGUGUGGAGAUGUGCUACCGCUGUACCAGGUGUGAACGUGCCACCCUUCAUCCGUGCAAUGCCACACGGGAUGCCACCUGUGCUGCAGAAACGAGCCCAGUGCCAGGAAACCCAAACGAGGACUGCCUCAUCCCUUUGCAUCUGUGGGUGUUCGUUGUCAUCGGCACUCUCAUCUUUGUCAGCAUGGUUGUCAUCAUUGUUGUUGUCAUCAUCUGUUGCUGUAGAAGACGACGUAUGCAGCUUUGGCAGCCGGUUGCCAAUUUCUUGAAAAAAGAGCGGAGUGAGCCAGGCAGCCAUUCAUAUAACUCCAGCCUUCCCAAUGAGGUGUUGCCACCCACGGACCCCAAGAGGCACCCAGCAGCACUUGGUGUGAACUCACCUCUGUUGUACGAGGGCCCAGCUUUGGCAACGGAGGCCAGAACCCCACCAGGGCCCUCUGAGGACCCCGAGGAUGGAACUGAGCUGCAGGUGGUGGUGACUGGAGGAAGUGACACAGCCCCAGAGCAGGCAUCACAAGCUCAUGCUCCCGUGUUACAAGCUCAUGCCUGUGGGCCCCAGGGCCAGGCCGAGGCAUAAGCCUCCCUCCGUUGUCUGCAGCAGGAAUAUGAACGUAAAUAUUAUUUGAAGGACACGUCCUGCGAUGCCACCAAUAGGAUCUAUUAUGAAUUCGGACAUAAGGUUCCAGAAAGUCACUGGAAGAUGCUGAUGAGAUUUGUCGGACUUGAGGACAAUGACAUUGAGAUUUGCGAACACGAGGAUCCCGGCAAUUUGAUGGAACAGCAUCAUAAGAUGCUGCUGAGGUGGAGAAACAAGCUCGGAAGGGAAGCGUCUGUGUUUACACUCGUGGCUGCCCUCCAGCAAACGGAGCUAUAUGUGUAUUUGCAGAAUAUUGUAAACAAAUUGGUUGCUGAUAAUAUCUUCGGUAGACAUGCCGAGAAACCAACUAGAGUAAACUCUUCGUUGGCUCGGGAUUAUGACUAAGCGGUGUCGUGGAUGGGUUGGGGUGAGCUUGAUUUGCAUAAUCCCAUGUGGGACGUCCUGACUUUCACGUGGGGUUAUGAUUCUGUGUAAAGCUUCCAAUGGGGAGGUCAGUUGCGCGUAUAAGCGAGAGUGCUCCUCUGCCAGGCCAGUGCGCGUGGCAGAGAUGGGCCGAUGCUAAGUGAUUCCAGGGCCCGUGAGCUUAUCUUGUCGGGCCUCGCUCAGUGUGCUGGGUGGGCUCACGUUCCUCAGAGCC